AUGGCUCAGUCACCCGAAGCGGAGCCAUUGGUCUCCUUAUGGACGAGGUCUUUGCUUUCUGGUGCAGUGGCCGGGCUCACUGUCGACUGUUCGUUGUACCCAUUAGAUACAAUCAAAACACGCCUUCAGAAAGCUAGACACCAUGCCCCAUCGGCUCCCACUACCAGUCUGUCCCUGAGACAGACUAUCCGAGGCAUCUAUGCUGGUCUCCCUUCCGUCCUCUUCGGCUCGGCACCAUCAGCCGCAUCCUUCUUCAUCGUCUACGAUGGCGUGAAGCGCUCUCUUCUACCAGUCUCGAGCUCCGAGGCUCCGUCCCGGACACAUAUAAUCCUUACACACUCUCUUGCGUCUUCGAUGGGUGAGGUAGCAGCUUGCGCAGUUCGCGUACCUACUGAAGUUAUCAAACAACGAGCUCAAGCGGGUCUCUUUGGUGGCUCAAGUUUGUUGGCCUUGAAGGAUAUUCUGGCUUUGCGCCACCCAGAUGCUGCCCGUGGGAUAAGUGGGGGUUAUGGACAGGUCAUCAGGGAACUGUAUCGGGGAGCCGGUAUCACCAUCGCAAGGGAAAUCCCAUUUACCGUUUUACAGUUCACCAUGUGGGAAUCAAUGAAGGAGGCAUAUGCCAAGCGCAUGCAGCAUGCUUCGAAAUCUGGCGCGGGCUCUUCCAUAGACCAGGUGCCAGCCUCUACAAGUGCUAUGUUCGGCAGUGUCGCUGGCGCAAUUGCCGCCGGGCUUACGACCCCUCUCGACGUCAUCAAGACGCGAGUCAUGCUCGCUCGUCGGGGAGAUGGUGCGGAAGGCGGCCGCGUGCGGAUCAAGGAUGUGGUUCAGGAUAUUUCCAAGGAAGGGGUUGGGGCUUUCUGGAGAGGUAUCGGGCCACGGGUGGCCUGGAUCGGCAUUGGAGGCGCCGUGUUUUUGGGUAGUUACCAAUGGGCAUGGAAUUCCCUUGAGAGGAAAAUGCUACCUCUGCCUGAUGCCCCUGGCGGUCAUCGGCUGGGGGUCAACGGCCUAGCAAUCGACACAGAUAACUCUAUCCUAUAUUCCGCUGGUCGCGAUGGUGUCAUCUGCUCAUGGGAUCUAAAUCUAUCACUGAAGUCAUCGUCCCCUCCCACCUUGGGCGCUUCGAAACCGGCUCCCACGACAUUCCGAAAUCAAGUCCAGGCGCACAGCCACUGGAUCAAUGACAUUGUUCUAACGAAGAAUAACUCGGCUCUAGUCUCCGCAUCCUCCGAUACUACUGUACGACUAUGGCGACCGCAUUCCGAAUGCACGGAAGUCUCGGACCCUAUCGGGAAACAUGCAGAUUACGUCAAAGCGCUGGCCACACCGGGGAGCCAUGCCUCUUGGGUCGCAUCUGGAGGUCUAGAUCACAAAGUCUACCUGUGGGAUUUGAAUCGCGGUGGGGAAAUAUUGAAUAUUGACGCCUGCGGAGGGGAUAGCACGGCUAAAGGGUCUGUAUAUGCGCUUGGGGCCGUAUCUUCUGUGAUCGCCAGCGGCGGUCCAGAGAGUGUGGUCAGAGUGUGGGACCCGAAAUCCGGGAAGCUGAUCACCAAAUUUGUCGGACAUACAGAUAACAUUCGAGACAUUCUGGUAAAUCGCGACGGGGAUACGAUCAUGACGGCAUCGUCGGACCAAACGAUCAAGAUCUGGUCCCUAACCGCCGGAAGGUGCAUGCACACAUUAACCAUGCACAACGACAGUGUUUGGUCACUUUAUUCGAAUCACCCUCAGCUAUCUGUCUUUUAUUCGAGCGACCGGUCUGGCCUUGUUGCAAAAACCGACACACGAUAUUCGGCGGACAUUGAGCAAGGUCUCUGUGUUGCAACGUUGCAAGAACACGACGGUGUAGUCAAUGUCGUAGCAGCUGGAGACUACAUCUGGACUGCGACGCCAAAAUCCAGUAUUAACCGUUGGAAUGAUGUGGAUACUACUGCCGAUAUCGAGCCACCAUCAUCAAGGGAGCGAGAAACUGCGUCAGGUACUGAAGCCGCAACAACAGAGAAAACGAAGGCAGCAGAUCAUCGAUCGAAGAAGAUACCGUAUGAUUCAGUUCUUUUGCUCUCAAACACCUCGACGUUCCCCAAAGCAAGGGUGCCCGAAACUACCCAACCACACUCGAAUGCAAAUGCGCAGUCACCGUCAUCCGAGAUAGAGGACGAACUGGGGCUUACACUUCCUGUCCAUACGCUGCCAGAUGAUACGAUUGAGGGUCAGCAUGGCUUGAUCAAGCAUUUCUUUUUGAACGACAGAAAGCGUACGUUAACGCAGGAUUCUGCUGGAGAAGUGGUUCUUUGGGACCUUCUCAAGUGUGUACCGAUUCAAUCAUACGGCAAGCGCCAUAUAGACGACGUGGCAUCCGAGCUAAACACGAUAGAAAGUAUUGCACACUGGUGCACGGUUGAUAUUCGUACUGGAAGAUUGUCUGUGAUACUGGAACCAGGUCGCUGCUUUGAUGCCGAGGUCUACGCCGAUGAGGCUGAAUUGUCAGACUAUUCACAGAUCCGUGACGAUCAAAGGAUCAACCUAGGCAAAUGGAUCUUGCGCUGGCUUUUUGCUCCACUGAUAGAGGAAGAGCUCAAACGCGACUCUCAAUAUCGUGUCGAUGCCCUCGCAAAGGCCGAGGAGCUCGCAAAACUAAAUAUGUCGAAUACCUCCGCCCCAAUGGAUAUACCCUUCGCAGAUGGAUCACGAAAUCUAGCCACAUCCUUCGACCCAUCAAUAUCGUCUCUGAGGCCCGGAUACGAAUCUUUUGGUAGCCCCUCGACUCCAGGAUUUGGAAUAGGGUUUGCCAACAGCCCUGGAUCUGUCGCCACGCCAACGCUUAACCCAAAUACUAGCAAUAAUAGUCACCUGGGCACAUCACCGGGAGAGUUUUCUGACUAUCUCACAUCUCCACCUACUGCUGAUAUGACGAGGAGCUCCCUGUCAGACAAGUCGAGUGAAUAUCUCUCAUCACCUAGAGCCCAUGGCCUACCUCCACUGGAUACCGAUAAGGCAUUACCGACACCAGGGGAGCCGACACCAACAGCUCUUCCACAGUCACCGAUGGAGCCUGAUAAAGAGGAGCGGAAAAAGGGCAGCUCUUUGUUUGGAAAGAAGUUCAGAAUGGACUUCCCGAAGAAGCUUGGACGGACUUCAUCGGAAGUUAAGCCCCAGAUUCAAGAGGAGAAGGUGGAAGAGUCCGACAAAUCUUCAGUAAAGGAAGAGAAGGUGUUCGAAAACAACUUAGGCGGCUUCAUUGAGCGUAUCCGCUCUGAAUACGAUGAGCAUCUAUCUGCUCACCCAGGGCAAGAGUUGACACCAGCCUUCGCCCCAAGUCAGGAGAAUGAAACGCCGGCACUGAAUAUACCGGACCGUGUUGCAGUACUGAUACAAGAAGAAACCGGAGAAACUGCUGUGGCUUCUGAUCUCUACCGAGGCAGUGUAGGAAGCAUCCGGGGAGAGAUCGAUAAAUUGGAGAAAUCGAUUCCUCUGUGGCUCGCCGAUCUGUUACUCAAGAACCAAGUGCCUUUCAAGGAACCCGUCAAGGUCGCUUUUACGCUGAAACCGUAUGAUGAUCUUUUGCCACCUGUUGUGAAGCCAGAGGUCAAUGUCGCAAGUGGCAACGCAACCAACAAUCGACUGAAUGCAAACCGCAUGCUACGAGCAAAGAAGAUUCUUGCGUAUGUGGCGGAGCGAAUUGACCCACCGAACCCCGACGAACCCGAAGAGAAUGCGAUGAAGCCGGAAGAGUACUUGGAACUGUACUGUCAUAAAGUUCCGAUACCCCCCAAUAUGACUCUGGCGACAAUUCGCACUCAUAUUUGGCGUUCGUCGGGAGACAUGGUGCUCCAUUAUAAAGCAAAUGGAAAGAAGGAAAUUCGAAUGCCCGGCCCUAGUCAAGAGGAUGAGAAAGACAACCUGAAUGCUGGAACAGGUUCCCAGCCGCCUGCCGAAGCAGGAGGCAUGUCUCAGGGAGAAGGUGGAAGUGCGCCUCCAGGGAGUAUCCAUUCACAGACAGCCUCUGGGUCGGCCUCCGUCUCGAUCCAUAAUCCUUGA